CGUGAUUCGGAUCAUUCCUAGUCGUGAAUAUUUCUCUGGAGUUCGUGGGCCGUGUCGGAUGUAUCUGUAAAAAAAGAAUAAAAUCUAAUUUGGAAAGUUAUAUCCAGAGAAUUGAGGUUAAGUAGUAAUACUUAGUUCGCGCGUGAAUAGUGUAAAAUCGUUAAAUAGCUCGUUUCAAAUUUGUGUUCACUCAUUUUCAAAAGAAAAAAUGCCAAAAAAGUCGAAUAAAUCGUGGGGUGGCCGCAAUAUUCGAGGAAAUGAAGACAAAAGUUACUUCGGCCAUGAUGAUCGUGUUGGAAAGAAUAAUGGUGGAUCUCAUGUCGGUCCCAUCAAGCAUCGUGUAUCAUUUAAAACUCAUAGGCCGAUUAAUAGAGAAAUACCACGUAAUUUGGCAUUAGCAAAUUUUGAUGAAGAUAUUCCAAUGACUGGUACCUCGAACAACAAUACAAGACAAGUAGUCAUUAAUCCAAGAGACAGAGAUCAUGGUGACAGGGCUUGGCGAACCAUUUCUCGGGGAAGAAAUAGCCCUAUGCCAAACAGGAACUUUAAAGGCCAAUCUAGAUUGCGACCUGUUCCAAUGGUAGAUUCCAACUGUUAUAAAAUUAUUAUACCAUAUGGUCACAAAUAUGAAAAGGAUUAUAUUGUAAGGACUUUAAUGAAUUAUAUGGCACCCGAAGUAUUUGUUCCCAUAAUGUAUAAGAUAAUGGGAAAUGAUGCUAAUUUCUAUGUGGACAAUCAUAAGACGGCAAAUGCAUUAUUAAAUUGUGACCGUAAGAUUACAAUGACUGAUGGGUUUAAACUGCAAGUAAAAGUAAAACCUGAGCAGCACAAAGGAUUUCCAUUAUGUGAGAUUGAUGAUAAAUUGAAGGAACGAUUGAAACAAGCAAUGGUAAAGAGAUAUGUGCAAGAGACAAAUGCUUUAGAUUUGUCUAAAUUCCAUCUUGAUCCAGAUCUUGUCUCUGAUUACUUUUGUGCAUUGUUUCAUCCUAUUAUAUUAAUGACUGUGUUAGAUAUUGUGGCUGAACACAUACCAAACUUGGAAGCUUUAAAUUUAGAAAGCAACAAGUUAUAUAAUAUCGAGAGACUUAGCGUGCUAAGUAAGAAACUGUCGAAAUUAAAAAUUUUGUACAUUGGUGAAAACAAGAUCAGGGACAUUCAUCAGCUCGAUUUCAUCAAGGAUCUGAAACUCAACGAAUUGAAAUUAACUGGGAAUCCUAUGUGUAACAAGUAUAAAUCUCGACAAAGUGAUUACGUUAGUGAUGUCCGGAAACGAUUUCCAAAACUGCUGCAUUUAGACGGCAUAGAAUUACCGCGACCGAUUGUCUUUGAUGUGGUCGACGAAGUUACCAAAAUUCUUCCAUCACAAAGAAUGUUUGUUACCGAUGCUAAAGCACAAGAAAUUGCGAGCCAUUUUCUGCAACAAUAUUUUACGAUAUUCGAUAGCGAGAAUCGUCAACCCCUACUUGACGCUUACGAUGAACAUGCUUGCUUUAGCAUGACAAUAACGAGUACUUACAAUAACAAGUUAAAUGGAUAUCUCAUGGAAAAUCGUAAUUUGUUCAGAAUAAAUGAUACAAUCAAAAGACAGAAAUUAUUAAAGCAGGGUAGAUUGCCUGUAGUCUCUUUUAUAUCAGAAAUGCCACGAACAAGACAUCUGCUAAAUACUUUUACUAUGGACAUUUCUCUUGCUACACAAACAAUGAUGUUUAUCACGAUAACGGGCUAUUUCCAAGAAGUUAAUAACAAAGAUGAACCUAUCCGCCACUUCAAUCGGACAUUCAUAAUCGUUCCAGAGGGUGAUGGAUAUUGCAUUCGGAACGAGCAGUUGCACAUUAGUCAACCGCCUGAGGCGCAAUUGAAGCAACUGCAUCAACAGUUAAAUCAACAGUUAAAUAAUCAGCAAACCCAGCCAGAGACGCCGGCGUUAGUAUCCGCAGAAAUAACAAAGCCUAUGACAACAGAACCCAGUGACGAUAUAAAACAGCAGAUGACAAUGACGUUAAGCCAACAAACAACUAUGAAUUUGGAAUGGAGCUUAAAGUGUUUACAAGAAACACAAUGGAACUACAACAAUGCACUCUCUGCCUUUCAAGAAUUUUAUAAACGUGGACAGGUACCAUCAGAAGCGUUUACAAAGUAAACAUACAGUAAGUAAAAAAAUUAUCAUAACUGUGAUAAUAUUUUGUAAGAAAAUUUUCAGAGAGCUAAUUUUUCUUGUAAAGCUUCAAACUUCAUUCCUAUUCAUUCCAUUUAUAUUCACCGAUUUUUUUUCAUGAUACUUAUUUGUACCUUGUGUCAAAACCUGAAUAGAGAAAACAUCUAGAUAUUUAGAUAUUUGUUGCUUGUCGAUUUUGUAUCUCAUACAAAACAUAAUUAUUAAUUUUGCAAAGAAAAGUGAUAAAAAAGAAAAUAUAUUAAUUGCAUUAAUAUAAUUUCUUUAAAAAAAUAUGAAAAUUUCUGUAGCUAAAAAUAAGGCAAACCCCUAUGAUUCAUUUUAUUUAAAACUAAAUUUAUAAAAAUGCACAUAAUACAUUGAUGUUAAAAAUCACAUACAGUCUCAUAUGUAGAAAUGAUCAUAUUGGUUCUUUUAUAUUGUGAUUUUUAACAAAUUCCUAUUAAUAUAUACUGUAUACUAUUUGAUAGCAUGCAAUGAAAAUUAGUAUUAAAUUACUUUUGAAAAUAAUUUAUAUAUCAUGGUUUUUCUUUUUUUGAAAAUAAACUUAAUAAAAUACCUUAUAAUAGAAGAACAAUAUUAUUUGAAAUAUAAAAUAAAAAUAUAUGUUAAUAUUACAGUAAAAUAUAAAUUUUUCGAUAUGUAUGAUGAUGUCAUUUAAAUCAUUGUAUAUUGUGAAGUAUUAUUAGAAAAGUGACAAACUGAAUAUUCUCAAAAAUUAUUUGUUUUUUUAGCUAUUUGUAUAUAUUUCAUUGGUGCUAUUAAUAAUAAUAAAUAUACAAUGACAUUAAAACAUUAAUAAAUAUACAAUGUAUGUUUUGAAACAAAUAAGUGCAUUUUAUAAAUCAAAUUCCUAAUAUAUUGCUUAACAUGGAAAAACAAGUACUAUGUUAUACAUAACAAAUAAUACUUUAUUACAAAUCUCUGACUUUCAGGUUUUGAUGCGUGAUAAAAUUGAUGAAAAAAAUUUAGUUAUAUCUAUCUAUAGGGAAAAA